AUGGCCUCGGCCAAGUGCCCCUUCAAGAAACGGGGCAGCCUCCAGACCCCCAACCCCGCAGAGCUGCGGGCUGGGCCCGGCUCCCGACCCCUGCAGUCAGCGCGGUCCCUGCCGGGGCCUUCCCACUGCCUGAAGCACUUCCCGGUGGAUCUGCGCACAUCCAUGGAUGGGAAAUGCAAGGAGAUCGCAGAGGAGCUCUUCUGUCGCUCCCUGGCUGACAGCGAGAUGCGUUCGGCUCCCUACGAGUUCCCUGAGGAGAGCCCCAUCGAGCAGCUGGAGGAGCGGCGCCAGCGCCUGGAGCGCCAGAUCAGCCAGGACGUCAAGCUUGAGCCCGACAUUUUGCUCAGAGCCAAACAGGACUUCCUGAAAGUUGACAGUGCCGCGGACUUGCAGCUCUUCAAGGAGCAGAGCGAGGACCUGGAGGACCACGUCCCCAAGGAGCGGGAGGCGCUGCUGGAGCGCGAGUUCCAGCGGGUCACCAUCUCCGGGGAGGAGAAAUGUGGGGUGCCCUUCACGGACCUUCUGGAUGCAGCCAAGAGCGUGGUGAAGGCGCUGUUCCUAAGGGAGAAGUACAUGGGGCUGUCCCUGCAGAGCUUCUGCAAGACCACGGCCCGGUACCUGCAGGAGCUCUCUGAGAAACCCCUGGAGACCAGAGGCUACGAGGAGGUGCCUGAGACCCCCGUGGCUGCUGAUGCCCCCGUGCACCCCCCGUUCGCAGAGCAGCACCCUUAUGAGAUGUGGGACCCCAAGACCAUGCCGGCUGACCUGGGCUUCGGGCUGAAGAUGGUGGAUGGGGUGGUGCACGUCUACACCAAGCAGGACCUCACCGACAAGAGCACGGAGCUGGACCUGCCAUACCCAGACCUGCAGGAGUUCAUCGCUGACAUGAACUUCCUCAUGGCUUUGAUCAUCAAUGGGCCCAUCAAAUCCUUCUGCUACCGCCGGCUGCAGUACCUGAGCUCCAAGUUCCAGAUGCACGUCCUGCUCAACGAGAUGAAGGAGCUGGCGGCCCAGAAGAAGGUGCCCCACCGGGACUUCUACAACAUCCGCAAGGUGGACACCCACAUCCACGCCUCGUCCUGCAUGAACCAGAAGCACCUCCUGCGCUUCAUCAAGCGGGCCAUGAAGAAGCACCUGGAUGAGAUCGUCCACGUGGAGAAGGGCAAGGAGCAGACGCUCAAGGAGGUCUUCGAGACGAUGAACCUCACCGCCUAUGACCUCAGUGUGGACACGCUGGAUGUGCACGCGGACCGCAACACCUUCCACCGCUUCGACAAGUUCAACGCCAAGUACAACCCCAUCGGCGAGUCCAUCCUGCGGGAGAUCUUCAUCAAGACGGACAACCGCGUCUCGGGGAAGUACUUUGCCCACAUCAUCAAGGAGGUGAUGUCGGACCUGGAGGAGAGCAAGUACCAGAACGCGGAGCUGCGGCUCUCCAUCUACGGCCGCUCCCGGGACGAGUGGGACAAGCUGGCCCGUUGGGCCGUCAACCACCGCGUCCACUCCAACAACGUCCGCUGGCUCGUGCAGGUCCCCCGGCUCUUUGAUGUCUACCGCACCAAGAAGCAGUUGGCCAACUUCCAGGAGAUGCUGGAGAACAUCUUCCUGCCCCUCUAUGAGGCCACCAUCCACCCGGCCCAGCACCCGGAGCUGCACCUCUUCCUGGAGCACGUGGACGGCUUCGACAGCGUGGAUGAUGAAUCCAAACCAGAGCAUCACAUUUUCAACCUGGACAGCCCCUUGCCGGGCAACUGGGUGGAGGAGGACAACCCACCCUACUCCUACUACCUGUACUACAUGUACGCCAACAUGACGGUGCUCAACCACCUCCGACGGAAGAGAGGCUUCCACACCUUCGUCCUGCGCCCGCACUGCGGUGAGGCCGGGCCCAUCCAUCACCUUGUGUCGGGCUUCAUGGUCUCGGAGAACAUCUCCCAUGGGUUGCUGCUCCGCAAGGCCCCCGUCCUGCAGUACCUCUACUACCUGGCGCAGAUCGGCAUCGCCAUGUCCCCGCUCAGCAACAACAGCCUCUUCCUCAGCUACCACCGCAACCCCCUGCCCGAGUACCUCUCGCGGGGGCUCAUGGUGUCCCUGUCCACCGAUGACCCCCUCCAGUUCCACUUCACCAAGGAGCCGCUGAUGGAGGAGUACAGCAUCGCCACCCAGGUCUGGAAGCUCAGCUCCUGCGACAUGUGCGAGCUGGCCCGCAACAGCGUCCUCAUGAGUGGCUUCUCCCAUAAGGUGAAGAGCUACUGGUUGGGUCCCCAUUACCUAAAGGAGGGUCCCGAAGGCAACGACAUCCGCCGGACCAACGUUCCUGACAUCCGCGUGAGCUACCGCUUCGAGACGCUGUGCCAGGAGCUGACCCUCAUCACGCAGGCGGUGCAGAGCGAGGAGCUGGAGACCAUCCAGGAGGAGGAUGCUCUCACCAUCACCUCCACCCUCAGCACCCAGUGACCCCCUUCCAUCACCCACAUCCCUCUUUUCCAGGGCUUCGCCGCCGUCCUCCUACCUCCCGCCCUUGGGAAGGGGAUGGGGACAGUCCCCAUCGCCCUGUGAUGCCCUCAAAGGGGCUUUGGUGGGGUUCUCUCCGUUCCUGGUGGGGUUUUUACCUGGUGUCUCCUCAUUGUGUUGGUCCCUGCUGUUGGGGGCAUAGGGAUGAUGUGACC